AUUAAUUUUUUUGCAUUUCAUUUCCCUUGCGCAAUUCCAAUUCCAAUUCCAAUUUCUUUUGCUUUCCGCUGAAUUUAAUUCGCGAAAGACGGGAAAAUGGAAGAUUUCGACGAUGAACCUGCUGUUGUGCACCUUAGCGACGAUGAAGAGCAUGCUGUAGCUCCAGUAGAAGAUUCGGAAAACCCGGACGUUAUUCAGCUUGACGAUGACGUUAUUCCAGAAGAAGAUGUUCCAGAUGAUGAAGAAACAGCUGAAAAUCUGGAAAACCUUGAAAAUGUGCUGGAUGACUCUGAAAUAAUUGCUGAAAAUAGUGGGGAAGCCGACCAAGAAGUGGAAGAAGAAGACAAUCCUUUCGCUGAUGAUGACGAUUCAGACGAAGAUGGCGGUGGUGUUCAGGUUACAAUUCGAAAAAUGGAGCCAACUGAGAAACCAGCAGCUCGACAAGGAAAGUUGGAUCUUGACACGACUGCGACUAUCAACGAUAAGCCAAUUUAUGAUCUUGAUCUGGCGCAGAUGGAAGAUCGACCAUGGCGAAAACCUGGAGCAGAUAUCACGGAUUAUUUCAACUAUGGUUUCACCGAAGAGACAUGGAAUCUUUACUGCGAGCGACAGAAGAAGUUGAGAAUCGAAUUCGCCGGAAACCAGAAAGCUGCAAACGAAGCGUUGUUCUCUUCCAUUAAAAUUGCAAAUCCACUAGCGAAUCCAGUUAUGAAUACGACAUCCAGUGUUGUAAAAGUGCUCACAGACAACGGCGGCCGAUUCAAGCAGCAUGUUCAUCAAUCUGCAGCUCCUACUCCUUUGAUGAACGAUCAAGUGAUCAGAACAGUGAUAUCUGGAAAUAACCAGUCAGCGCCGUCUCUGAUGGAUUUCACGAGGCCUCCACCAGGAAUGUCGAUGCCACCACCGAUGGGAACAGCUCCGCCAACUUCAGUAGCAGAUCCCAUAUUUUCAGAUGCUCCUCCCGGCGUCGACAUGUCUUCCGAUCUACCACCAGGAGUCGAAUCAGCUCCAGGAGCCAGUGUUGCUCCUCUUCUUCCCGGAGGUCUCGAUCUCAAUCUUGGUCUACCGCCACUUGGAUUCAACCCAAAUAUGCCUCCACCUGGAAUGCCUCCGAUGGGCAUGAUGUCAACGAGCCUGCCACCGCCCGGUUUCGCGAUGCCGCCUCCACAAUUUCAGCAACACUCGAGAGCUGGCUUCGGACCUGGACCAGUUGGCGCUGCUUCAGCUCCGCGAAGUCUCAUGGGAUCUGGUGCAUUUUCGACGGUUAGUGAUGACGAUGAGGAGAGAAGAAGCUCCCGACGGAAGCGAUCCCGAUCAAGGAGCCCACAUAGAGAUAGAGACAGGGACAGGAGAGAUCGAGAGACGAGACGCCGUGGAGAACGAGAAUCGGAUCGCACGUCUUCCAGAAGACAUAGAAGCCGAAGUGCGUCUGGAGAUCGGCGCAGAAAGCGAGAUGAUCGGGAACGAGAGAAACGGAGAGAACGGCGUGGAGAUGAUGAAGAUCGGAAGAAGAGAAGUCGUCGUGGUGAUGAGGAAGAGGAGAGCAGCAGCGGUCGGAAAGAGAGAAAAGAGAAGAGCUCCAGAUCUCGACACGAAGAUGAGGAAUCCAGUACGGGCGUUGUUGUCAAGGAAGAGAUUCCCGAUGAUGAAUGAUCUUUCAUAUUUUCUAAUUAUUUUUAGCUUUCUAUCAUUCCAAGUGUAUUCUUUUCAUUUGUUUGUCACCUAUUUAUUUUAACUUUCUCGAAAGAAAUCUCUUUUCAUUAAAAAGUUAAUUUUAUUUGAAUUUGACGUUUAAACUAUAAAUAUCCAGCUUAUAUUGGGGUUAACAGAGUCAAUAAUAAACUAAAAAUAAAUAAACGAUAUACAUAAAAAA